AUAAAAUGGGGCUUUGGGCUUGGACAUUAAACUAGAUGUUAACUCCUAAAUUUUGGACUUUGGUUCGAAGAGAAGGUAAUUCUAAACUAUAAAGUCUUAGGAUUUUGGUAAACCUAUAUUAGAAUGCACAGAGCUUAAUCAAGAUCUAGUCAUUAUGCAGGAGGUUAAAAUGGACCAAUACAAUGCGUUGGUUAGGAUUAAUUUGGCAAUAAAUAUUACGAAGAUUUUGAUGUCACACGUAUGCUUUGUAGAGAAGCAAUUUUUAGAUCGAAAUCAAAGGAGAUGGGUGGAAUAUAAUGAUUAUUUCAACCCGUGGCAUACUCUUGGAGAUAGGGUUCCUCCAGUAUGGCAUGGUUGGAUGGCUCAUGUCUAUGAUGAGGCUCCUUCAAGAACUGGGCAUUCACAUUUUGUCUAGCCAUUUUAUUAGAAACCUGCAACAGACAAUCAAUCUCACACACCUAAUCAUUAUUUUCCUUAAGGGGCAAUGUAGAGUUUAAAUAGAUUAGAAUUUAUGUAAAGUCGGUCUUGAAAAUAUUUAAGCAAAUACCAUAGAGACAGAAGAGCUGCUCCUUUUGAGCCAGGACAAUCCCAAGGUUUCGAAGGAAAGAAACUAAUUGUUGAAAGACAGAGCUAUUCAGAGGAUGUAAUGGCAAAUAGAGAAUGAUUUAAUAUAUAAAUAUAAGAUAUUAUCGAGAAGCU